AUGCUCAAGAUCCCGGCCAAUAUAAAACUAGCCGAUCCUCGGUUCCAUAUUCCUCAACCGGUAGAUAUGUUGAUCGGAUCCGGGGCCACCUUAUCAUUGCUUUCGAUCGGCCAAAUUAAUUUGUCACGCGACAAUUGCGAUUUGGUUUUGCAAAAAACUCAAUUAGGUUGGGUAAUUGCCGGAGGUUCGAGUGGCGAAGAAGGGAGUUCUAUAGUUGCAUGUAAUUUGGCUAAUUUGUCCGAGCAAUUGGCCAGGUUCUGGAUAAUCGAGGAUGCGAACUCUAAAUCUUCGAGAACGUCAGAGGAGUCUUUAUGCGAAGCUCAUUACGUGGACGGUACGGUACGCGACGCGAACGGCCGAUACGUAGUACGUUUGCCAUUUUGGAAUGGUGAUCGCGAUCUCGACAACUCACGCUCUCAAGCUCUAAGGCGUUUCCAUUCUUUACGGCGAAGAUUGGAUUCAAAUACCAAUUUGAAGGCCGAGUAUCACAAGGUGAUGCAGGAAUAUAUUGAUAUGGGUCACAUGUUUCUUAUUAGUAACGAAUCCGCCAAUGGUUAUUACAUGCCUCAUCAUGCCGUAACCAAGGCUUCCAGUACCACCACCAAAGUACGCGUGGUGUUCGAUGCCUCGGCCAAAACAGACAAGGGCAUUUCAUUAAAUGACGCUUUGAUGGUCGGUCCAACCAUACAACCUACCCUUUUUGAACAGCUUCUGCGAUUUCGCUCACAUGCAUAUGUUUUGACGGCCGACAUCGAAAAGAUGUAUCGGCAGGUGUUGGUCCAUCCUGAGGACCGCCAGUUUCAACGUAUCUUUUGGUAUCAUAACCACGAAGUCAGGGUCUGGGAGCUCAGUACCGUGACUUUUGGUGUAUCUUCCUCUGCUUUCCUGGCAAUUCGCACGGUGUCGCAACUCACACAUGAUGAAAGCGCGAGAUUUCCCCGGGCUUCUCAAAUUUUAAAACGAGAUUUGUACGUCGAUAAUCUUCUAACGGGUGUUAAUUCUCUGGAAGAAAUCCUGAUAAUUCGUGACGAGAUUAUCGAGCUUUUGAAGCAAGGUGGUUUCAACAUGAGGCAAUGGGCCUCCAACCAUCAUCAUGCGCUCGACAACAUAUCCGAAAUAAUUUUAGAUCUUGAUCACGCGAUCGAAGAAAAUCCAGUUCUAAGGACGCUUGGAGUUGUUUGGAAUUCGCAAUUAGACAAAUUUGUUUAUACAGUUAAUUCAAUCGAUCUGUCUGUUAAGAUUACUAAACGGAGCAUUUUGGCUAACAUCGCCAAAAUCUUUGAUCCGCUAGGCUUGCUGGGUCCCAUUAUUUUGUCGGCGAAGAUCAUCAUGCAGGAUUGUUGGAGGGUUAAGAUCGAUUGGGACGAGACGGUACCCCAAGAAGUACACUCUAGGUGGAGUCGGUACGCCGGGCAUCUUUAUCUUAUUCGUGAUUUGAAUGUAGACCGUCGGUUUUUAACUGAAAAUCCGAUCGGAAUUGAAGUGCAUGGUUUCUGUGACGCGAGUAAGCGUGGUUAUGCUGCGUGCAUUUACAUUCGAUCGAAUGAUGUUAGCGGACGUGUUCAUGUCCGUCUGGCAUGCUCCAAAUCCCGAGUCGCUCCGAUCAAGGAGAUCACAAUUCCGCGACUGGAAUUAUGUAGCGCGCAGAUUCUUACUCGGCUUUAUAAAGAAGCGCGUCCAACCUUCGAUUUUCCGAUAAGCCGUUUGAUAUUUUGGUCAGACUCCACAAUUGUGUUGCAAUGGCUCAAGAAAUCUCCGCGUUUGUUGAAGACGUUCGAGGCAAAUCGUGUUGCAGAGGUGCAAGCUCUGGAUAGUUCAGCCGAGUAG